AUGGUCAAUCAUUUGAUUAAUCCAUACACGAAGGAAUGGCAUAUGCCAAUCCUCGAGGAGUUUAUGGAUCCAGUAGAUAUUCCAAUCGUUUUAUCUAUGGAGAUUAGUAAAUCUUUCAAACCAGAUAAACUCAUCUGGCAUUAUACUAAAUCUGGGAAAUAUUCGGUUAAAUCUGGUUAUCGGCUAGCCCGCGAGUUAAUAAAAGAGGUAGAGAUUGGGCCGACGUUUACAGCUCUUAUGGCUCAGGUUUGGAAACUUCAGGUUCCCCCAAAGAUUCAGCACUUUUUCUGGCAGAUUGCCUCCGACACCCUUCCUGUGUUGGAACGCUUGGCUUAUCGGGGUGUCCGGUGUGAUCCUCUAUGUAUGCGUUGUGGCUUGGCGAUGGAGACUAUUAAUCAUGCUUUUUUUGAAUGUUCCCGUUCGCGUCAGAUUUGGGAUUUGUCUCUGGUAGAUUUAUGCACUAAUGGGUUCCCUUUUGCUUCUAUUUAUUCAAAUCUUGACUUCCUUUUCUGGAGGGCGUCGUCCCAGUCGGCUGUUCCGGAUAUUGGUUUUCACCUACCAUGGAUUGUCUGGUCUAUCUGGAAAGAUAUGAAUAAAAAAGUUUAUCAGGGUUUUGAGGCAGAACCGGGUGAGGUUCUGACCCAGGCGGUUACUGAUAAGUUGUUUUGGGAGGAAGCAAGAGUCUCUGUUCCGACCUUUCCUGAUCCAUUUACCUUGGAGGAUCAGACCCCUGUUCCCCGAUGUCAGAUUGAUGGAUCUUGGAAGACAUCAGAUCCUUUGGAAGGUUUAGGCUGGUGGUUCUGUAAUAGUGAGGAUGUAACGCUGUUUUUGGGAGCACGGAGUCAGCGCCGCGGUCCUUCACCUCUUCAUUCGGAGCUUCAAGCUUUGAUUUGGGCGAUGUCUUCCUUGUUAGCGUCAGGCGUCGACUGCCAGGUUUUUGAGACGGAUUAUGCUGAAUUACUGGCGAUGGUGCAGUCCCCCGAUGAUUGGCCCGCUUUUUCCACUUUGCUCGAUGAGUUCAGUAUACUCCGUUCCUCCUUUCCUGCUUUCACGCUUUCGAGGAUUCCACGCAGUUCUAACGUCCGGGCUGACUGUCUUGCUCGGUCUUCGAGAUCGUUAUUUUCAGUUUUUUCUUUUGUAAACACUUUUCCUCCAGUUUGA